CAAGGUGGAGCUGUCUCCUGUUAUAUGACACUGGCAGAUUAAAGCACUUCUGACGGGGACGGGCUUAAAGGCUGAGUCAAAAGCCAAGAAGUCUCUUUAUUUACGCCUACCUCCCAGUCCUUGGCAAUCUGACUAAUAACAAACUGAGCUAACUAGAAAGACUAGAAAGAGAGGAAAGAGAGCAUUGCUGCAGUCUGGAUCUACACCCAAAGAAAGCAAGAGUGAGCACCCCCGGCUCUGCAAAACAUCUUGUUUAUUUGCUGUGAUCAGCAGCUUGUCAAUGGUUAACUAUACGCAAAACAAAAGUCAGCAUAGCAGUGAAGUAUGCCGUGAAUAUUAAUUGGGAGAAAAAGGACUACGGCUUCAGGAUGCUCCAGUGUGUGCUCUGCCUACAAUACUUUCAAUGAAAAUAAGUGCUCACUGUUUUGUCUUUGACCAGAUGUUUUAACUUUUUGGAGCUAUGGGACUUGGCGAAAGUGAUAUUUGAGGAGUAAGUGCACUGUGGUUGGUGUUUUCUUUUUAAAUAGAGAAACUGAUUGACUUUGGACACCUCUUACAGCUUGAAUUUCUGAUAGUGCCAGGAAGUGUCUGCUUUACAGAGUCAUAUCCAAUCAUAGGACAACAUGAAGCUGUGGAUUCAUCUCCUUUAUCCAGCUCUACUUGCCUGUCUAUCUUUACAGUCCCAAUCACCAAUGCCCUCAGUCAGAGGUUCUUGUGACACUCUUUGCAACUGUGAAGAAAAAGAUGGCAUAAUGCUAAUAAAUUGUGAAGAAAAGGGCAUCAAUAAAUUAUCCCAAAUAAGUGUGCCACCAUCACGACCUUUCCAGUUAAGCUUAUUAAAUAAUGGCUUGACAGUGCUUCACACCAAUGCCUUUUCUGGGCUUGCCAAUGCUCUCUCAAUACACCUUGGAUUUAAUAACAUUGCAGAUAUUGAGACUGGUGCAUUUAAUGGCCUUGGGCUUCUUAAGCAACUUCAUAUCAAUCACAAUUCAUUGGAAAUUCUUAAAGAGGAUACAUUCCAUGGUUUGGAAAACCUAGAAUUCUUGCAGGCUGAUAAUAAUUUUAUUACAGUUAUCGAACCAAGUGCCUUCAGCAAGCUCAAUAGGCUGAAAGUGUUAAUUUUAAAUGACAAUGCUAUUGAGAGUCUUCCUCCAAACGUAUUUCGAUUUGUUCCUUUAACCCAUCUAGAUCUUCGUGGAAAUCAGUUGCAAACAUUGCCAUAUGUUGGUUUUUUGGAACACAUUGGACGGAUAUUGGAUCUCCAGUUGGAGGACAAUAAGUGGGCCUGUAAUUGUGAAAUAUUGCAGCUAAAAAACUGGCUAGAAAACAUGCCUCCACAGUCUAUAAUUGGUGAUAUUGUUUGCAACAGUCCUCCACUUUUCAAAGGGAGUAUAUUGAGUCGCCUGAAGAAGGAAUCUAUUUGCCCUAUUCCACCAGAGUAUGAAGAGCAUGAGGAUCCAUCAGGAUCAUUGCUGGCUAUAACAUCAUCAACAAGUGACAGCCGCCUAUCAAGCAAGAAUAUAUCCAUUUUAAAACAACCUACCAAAGCACCGGGUUUGAUACCUUAUCUUACAAAGGCAUCCACCCAGCUUCCAGUACCAUACUGUCCUGUUCCUUGCAACUGCAAAGUCCUCUCCCCAUCAGGACUUCUAAUCCACUGUCAGGAGCGAAAUAUUGAAAGCUUGUCAGAUCUACAACCUCCUCCACAAAAUCCUAGAAAGCUGGUUCUUGCAGGCAAUAUUAUUCACACCUUAGUGAAGUCUGAUCUGAUGGAAUACUUCACUUUGGAAAUGCUUCACUUGGGGAACAAUCGUAUUGAAGUUCUUGAAGAAGGAUCAUUUAUGAAUCUCACAAGACUACAGAAGCUCUAUCUCAAUGGCAAUCAUCUGACCAAACUAAAUAAAGGCAUGUUCCUCGGUCUUCACAGCCUCGAGUAUUUGUAUCUUGAAUACAAUGCAAUAAAGGAAAUAUUACCAGGGACCUUCAACCCAAUGCCGAAACUGAAAGUUCUUUAUUUAAAUAACAACCUCCUUCAAGUUUUACCACCACAUAUUUUUUCGGGUGUUCCUCUAACUAGAGUAAAUCUUAAAACAAACCAAUUCACUCACUUACCUGUAAGUAAUAUCUUGGAUGAUCUUGACUUACUCAUCCAGAUUGACCUUGAGGAUAACCCCUGGGACUGCUCCUGUGACCUGGUUGGAUUGCAACAAUGGUUACACAAGCUGGGCACAAACACUAUGACAGAUGACAUCCUCUGCACUUCCCCGGGGCACCUUGACAAAAAGGAAUUAAAAGCUCUCAACAGUGAACUUCUUUGCCCCGGUUUAGUGAACAACCCUUCCUUGCCAACCCAGACUAGCUACAUUAUGGUGUCUUCUCCCACAAUGGCGACAGAUACAGCUGGUACUAUUUUAAGUUCUCUCACUGAUGCUGUCCCUCUAUCGGUUCUGAUAUUAGGACUUCUGAUUGUGUUCAUAACUAUUGUAUUCUGUGCUGCGGGGAUUGUGGUUCUUGUCCUCCACCGUAGGAGAAGAUAUAAAAAGAAAAAAGUAGAUGAGCAAAUGAGAGACAACAGCCCUGUACAUUUACACUACAGCAUGUAUGGUCAUAAAACAACUCACCAUACAACUGAAAGACCUUCUGCCUCUCUCUAUGAGCAGCAUAUGGUGAGCCCCAUGGUUCAUGUCUACAGAAGUCCAUCCUUUGGUCCAAAGCAUUUGGAAGAAGUUGAAGAAAGGAAUGAUAAAGAAGGAAAUGAUGCAAAACAUCUUCAGAGGAGCCUGUUAGAACGGGAAAAUAAUUCCCCUCUUACAGGUUCAAAUAUGAAAUACAAAACUACAGACCAAUCAACAGAUUUUUUGUCCUUUCAAGAUGCAAGUUCAUUAUAUAGGAACAUUUUGGAAAAAGAAAGGGAACUUCAGCAACUGGGCAUCACUGAGUACCUAAGAAAAAACAUUGCUCAGCUCCAGCCAGAUGUGGAAGUCAACUAUCCUGGAGCCCAUGAGGAACUGAAAUUAAUGGAAACAUUGAUGUACUCACGACCGAGGAAGGUGUUGGUGGAACAGACUAAAAAUGAAUAUUUUGAGCUCAAAGCUAACUUGCAUGCUGAACCUGACUAUUUGGAAGUCUUGGAGCAGCAAACAUAGAUGAGAUGUUUGUGGGCUUUCACAGAAAUGCUGUGAUUCUGUCUUAUGUCCAAACCUUGGAAAUAAGUGCCUUACAUGUGUGUCAUCAGUCAGAACUCAACACAGCAGGAAUCCUGUGGGAUAUAGAAGAAGAAAGUGAAACUCAGGGAUCAUUGAGGAAGCCAUGGCAUUAUCUUCAGGCAAUUUAGCCUGUUCCAAAUAAAUAAAUAAGUCCUUGUAUAUAACUGAUGCAAGGAUUAUAGUAGUAUUUCUCCAAAUGUUUAAAAGUAUUUCAUAGAAUUCCUCUUAAACACCUAAAGGGUUGACUAUCUAAAUAGCUCCAGUUUUCUUGAAUACUUUUUCCAUGGCUGAAUAAAUUGGAUUUUGUCAGUUAAGAAUAUAACAAUAUAUAUAGUACAUAAGAGAUGUAUUCAUAAUCAAUACAUAUGACAGAAAUUUGCAUUGUCAAACACACUAAAUUUUCUCACAAUAAAUGCAAAUGGAACUGGAAUUUAAAUUUACAAAUGGCAAUAGCAAAUAAAAUGUAAAUUUGUAAUUAUGUGGGCCAUUAAUGAUUCAUAAUUUUCAACAAAGGAUGAAUAAACAAUUGCCACUUCUAUGCUUUCUGCAUUAAAAACAGAUGACAAAUAGUUCAUGUGGAAUGAAUAAGAAAGUAUGUUAGUUUUCUGUAUACAUUUUGUGUGUAUAUUCUUGAUGUAAAGCUGCUGUGAGACUAAGGUAUGUCAUUUGUGUUAAACAUUCUGUUCUUCUUGGGAUAUUUUUCAAAUGCUACUGAGAUUAUACUGUAUAUGAUUAGAGCACUUAGUAAUUUUGCUUCAUUUCAUAGAGUUAAUAUACAACUAUAUGACAAAGAUAGAAAUAAGUCAUUCAUGGCAAGUAAUUCAAAUGUAUAAAAUGAAUAGUCAAGAUUAUUUUAUUUUUAUUGACAUACACUGAUAGAUGCCAUAGAUUAGUAGCAAAAGGCACUUCUACAGCUAAGUUUUUUGUGUUGCCUUGAGAGAGGGAUGGUGUAGCUUUAUUUUAGAAGAAGGUAUGACUAGAUUUCUAUGAACUAUUUAUUCUGUACAGUUUUGUAUAUUUUUAGUUCACAAAUAUAAUUAUUCUUGGGUGCCUUUUAAGAAAAUUAAAAUUACUGUUCACUACAAUAAAACUAAAAUGAAAAUUAGUUUCAAAUGUGUUUCAAUCAAUUACUCUGAGCUGUGAUUCAAUCAUGUCAUGAUUAUCACCUCAGCAUACUAUCUGCACAUAGAAAAGAAGGGUUCUAUUUAUGUGUACCCAUAAGAGCUUUGUUUAGAACACACACAUCCAGAGAGAGAGAGAGAGAGAGAGAGAGAGAGAGAGACUUUGGGUAUUCAAUAUGAAUGACACCUAACAAACUUAAAUAAGAUUUUACUUAUUUAUUUAUACUCAUAAUUUUCAUAUAUUAGCUUCCAUUGGGAUAAAGUAGUCCAUCACAGUAAUUGAGUUCCAUGUUUUAAUACAUUGCAGUCCCAAAGAAGAGUCCAUUUUGUAUAAGGAAGAACUUCGUCCAUGCAUUAAGCAACAUACUUAAGCAAUGUUUGUGUACCAUGUGUUUCAUCUUUCACUACUCACACUUUCUCCCUACUGUCAAACCUGUGCCCAAAGGUUUGAAGAAUAGAUCUGAGUCUUAUGUGUAAUCAUAUUCACUAGAUUUAAGUUGCAAAUUAUUGCUUACAUAAAUGGAAUCAAUAAUUUAAAAGCUCAUUGUAAAUCAACAUCUUCUCAUUCACUAUCAAAAAUUGAAAAGACCAAUAUGCUUCUAUUUUUGUUUCAACAUAACAAUUUGUAGGUAAAAUUCAUGUACCAAAAGAAUGCUAUAUAUUUAUGUAAAAAAUUACUCAAUAUAAUCAUCAAUAAUUACUCCAAAAAGUGGGUUUAUACAUUACACACUGAAUAAAGGAUCAAGGCUUUUCUUUUAGAGCACAAAAUAUGUUAUCAUAUUUCUCCUACUCAGUUGAGUUUCUGCCAAUAUUUUUAUUCCAAUCAUAUUCAUAGAUGCAUUAGCAAGAUUAAAAAAUUUCCACGCCUUAGGGACCUUUGGAAUGGAUCCAUGCAUGCAGGAAUAUACAUGCAUGAAGAAAAACAUGCAUUCAAGAAAAUAAUUCUCUUUUCAGUGUAGUGACAUUUUUACAUUUCUGUAUAUCAUUGCUAAAGUUAUUAGUAUUAAUUUUUAUCUUAUAUUCAAGAGGAACAAAGGUUAUUUUUGAAAUCAUAUAAGUAUAUGCCUCAAGAUAUCCCAAAGACCAAAGACAGUAAAACACUGCAUAUAAACACUUUAAAGGAAUGGGAAUCAUUAUAGCUUCCAAAAGGUACAAUAAUUUAAGUAAUUAAACAUUUCAUUUGUGUUUUAUUUUCCUACUAAUUAUUGAUUAUUGAUUAAUAUAUCCAAUGAUGUUUUAUGAUCUGUGAGAAUCUUUCAAAUCUUUAAUUGCUUUACUUUUAUUCCUUAUUCUUACUCCUAUUAAAGAAAAUGAAAACUGUUGCAAAAUUUGUCUGAGAAGUUCACUUGGUCUCUGGAGCUAACAGAGUGACCCAGAGGUCUAACUCUUAUUUCAAUACUUCCAUCUUUACCAUGUAAGUAGGUCACCUAAAAGCACUUGAUUAUAUAAGGUUAAGUUCUUGUUUCAAUCAGAAAUUAUCUUGUUGUCAUUGUUUAGCACCACAUAUCUUGAGUCAUGUACAGAAUUUGAAUUUGUCUAAUGUACUGACAGUAAUAUAAUACCAUUCUAGCAUCAAUAUUUUUAAUUCUCUCUUAAUUUGUUAUAUGUCAGUUAUAUUAAGAUUUAUAUGAAAAGUCACAUCAGUCAGUAAAUAACAUACAAUUCUUUGUAACUUUAAAACAGUGUCUUCUGCAUAAUUCCAUUCAUCUCCACCAUGGAACUGAAAUUUUUAAAUCUUUAGAAGAAAGAAUUAAACCAAUGAUGUUGCAU